UCCCUUCAACCCCCAGCGGAACCGCAGCCAUUGUCGGAGGGUCGGUCGGUCGGUCGGCUCGAUUCUUCGCGAAACGCGCGUCCAUCGUGCGCGUGAUACACCCUUUCGUCGCGCAAACGUCCCGUGUGAAAAAAAAAACGAGCGAGCGAGCGAGAAGGAGAAAGAAAGAGGGGAAAAGGAACAAAAAGGCGAGAUUCAACUAACGCGAGGGCGAUGUGAGAGGAAUCCGUUUGUCGGCGCGAUGAGACGCGAACAUCCGCGCGACGCCGAUUUCGCGCGAGCAACAUCAGCACCAGCACUAGUACCAGCCGACGCUGCCACCGCUGUCGCCGUCGCCGACCCCGACCCCGCUGCCGACGCCGUCGCCGCUGUCACCGCGCUGCUGCACCCUCUUGCCGCCACAGCAGCGUAUCGCACCGCGAGCAUGAAGAUUCCGCCUCUCUCAUGACCCAGCAUCGUGAGCGCACAUGUGGACGAGGGUAAAUUACCUUAGCGAGAGGGAUGUCUGAGAGCGACGGAGAGCAUGCAGCUCGCUCGGUGGCCUUAGAGCAAGCCUACGUCCACGAAGUAUACGAGCAAUGUGCCGAGAAGACCACGCAAAGUAAACACUGGCCACGAGUAUAUCAGUUUCUUCAAGAGCUCGAACCGGGUGCCCUCGUCUGUGACAUCGGUUGCGGCAACGGAAAAUAUCUCAGCGUAAAUCACAGCGUUUUCAAGAUAGGAGUGGACCGAUGCAAGCGUUUCACGGACAUCGCGCGCGAGAAGGAAAACGAGGUUCUAAUCUGCGAUAAUUUGGCUCUACCAUUCCGAGAAGAGAGCUUCGAUGCGGUGCUGUCGAUCGCUGUGGUGCAUCAUUUCGCCACCACGGAGAGGAGGGUACACGCAUUGAAGGAGCUGGCGCGAGUCCUUAGAAUCGGGGGUCGACUCGUUAUAUCCGUCUGGGCUAUGGAACAGAAGCAUAGAAAGUUUGAAUCGCAAGAUGUUUUAAUACCGUGGCCCAAGUCGCAUUGCAUGAGCACAGCGUCAGAUGGAACGAAGCAUUCGGGUGUAUCGGACAGUAACGAGAAGCGAGAUGAUGAUGCUGCACAGAAAUAUCCGUCAUUCUCCAAGAGAAAUAACCAACGAAAAUGUAAAAGCAAGAGUUAUUGGAUCGAUCCGAUAUUCAGCUUGUCACCAUCCACCAGUAGUCUCUCUAGUCCGAAUGAGACUUGUUAUAGCUGUUUCCGGCGAGCGUUACAGAAAUUAGCGAGGAGCAGACGCGGAGGUGGCGGUCGUGCAUGGUUUCCUGGAAGUUGGCAGAGCGGUACGAAGAGCCGGCGACACUACGACCCUGAGGACUCGACCGAUGUGGACGAGCUGCCGAUCGAGCUGCGCCGCGUAGAGACCACGCAUACACUGACAAUGACGAACAAGCAUUCCGCAGAUACGCUAAGCAUCAAAUCUAAAAGCUUGGGCGAUAUCCUGGAGAUUGAACGGCUCGAUUUGGUGCGUUCCCGGUCUAGCAUCCCGGGUUUCUACUCGACGUCCGAGCUGAUCCUGGACGAGCGAUCGGUUUCAUCAUCGUCGAGUGGCUCAAAGCCGCGGCUGGUAAAGCAGAAGUCAUACGUAGAGGAAAUCAGUUUGGAGAAUCCCGAAGACACUGCCAUUGAAAACCUGAUCAAGGACCUCCCGGACUUCUCCUGCCAGCCAUUGCGCAAGCGUAACGUACCGUUAAAGCAGAGCUCGAUGAACGAGGAAUUGAUGUCGACGGAACGGCUGGAGGAGAAGGAACGAGUGCGCCGGAAUAUCAUGAAGCAGGCGUCGCUGAACGAGGAACUCAUCUGCAAGUGGCGAACAUUCGAGGCACUCAAAGAUUCGAUCAGUCCGGUGAGCGCCAGUCGGCGCUUCCAGCUGCUAAAGGACGGACUCACCAAUAAAAUAAAGCGCUCCACAACGAAUAUCGAGAAGGUCUCUAGCAUGUCUAUCAAGAAUGGCUUUGUUCGAAUGCUGCAGGGAUGGAAAUCCUGCGAGAGCGAAUCGGCGUCCGCCGAGACGGCGGAAGCAGCGGCGAAGUCGAAGACAACGGACAAUAAGGUGCAACCAGUAACGGUGGUAAAACGUAGCAUCGAGGGUGUCGAACGUCGUCUCUCGCGCGAAGACGGCUCUGACUCGUCCAAAGAUAGCAGUCUACAGAGCGACACCAGCGUGGACUCUGAAGACAGUUUCGCAUCUGUGAUUUACGUGCCGAAGCAGGACGUCGCUGCCCCGGCACCGCCGGCGUCGUCCUCGGUCAAUGAGGUUCCUCCCGCGCCGCGACCGGCGGCGUUGCAGCUCGGCACGACGUCGGCACCGCCGUCGCCGCGUGUCAAGCAGCCGCUGGAUGGUGGUCAAUCGUCUAGAUUCAAAGUGGUCGGCGUGUCACCAUUGCUAAAACAGCAAUCGACCGUCACGAAUACGAGUGUGAGUACGCACCUCGGUAAUGCGAUAAAGCCUAGUGCGCCGACCGUCGUCUGCAAGGAAGCACCCGAUGAUGUUUUACAAUCACCGACGUCAGACGGAAAAUCCCGUCUCACAUCGGAAUCGGUGGAACCGGACGUGGAACCGGACGUAGAGCCGGACACCACGUCGCUGAUACGUACCUUCCACGACGUCCCCAAGGUCGGUCGCGAGCCGAUCGCGAACGAGGACGACAGCCGAAAAGCCAGAUUGAAUCAGAUUAAGGAGCUGCUCAUAGCGAAGCCGGGCUUUGCAACGCGCGCUAGACCGUCGUUUCCUUUGGUAAGGCGUGCCUCCACGGCGGCAUCCGGUCGUCUGGAGACAGUCACGAGGAUUUUACCACGUUUGCUAUCCCUGGAAUUGUUCAAUCCGGAGACCGAUGAUUUGGAUAGCGAUUCCAGCGGCGUCUCGUCGCCGGAGUCAGUCGGUUCGGUGAUCAGCGUUACGUCGGAUGAACGGUACAUCGCGAGGAGGGAGGCUGAAGAAAAGAAAAACAACGCACAGACAGAUGAGAGUCUUUCCAAGUCAAGUGGAGACGAUAUAUCAAAGAGGACGAAGGAAACGGAAAGUAGUAUACGUGACGAUGAGUCGCUGAGUAUUGGAACAACGUCACUCGAGGAUUUGAAUGCACCUCUGGAUCCUCUGCACGACAUCUCGUCCGUGGACUUCGAGAAUGACACGCCCUUUGCAGAAACCGAGAUAAUGCGUGACAAUUCGCAAGAUAAUUUAACAACUGACACGGUCUAUCCCACAUCGCGCAUUCUUCUGGACAGCGGGAAGUCUAUCUCCUCGCAGUCUAUGAGGCUCCUGGAAGCCGCUGCCAACGUGGCGAGCUCCCUGGAGGAUGCCGUGGAGACAGCGAUUCAACACAAUGCCCAAGUAGAACAAUUCUCCCAAGUUGCACAACGGCAGAACAAUGAUGGCUUCUGGUCGAACGUGCGAACGCGGCCAUACCUGAAGCAGGAUUGUAAAUCCGCUUCGGUAGAUUUGGGCGGUUACGCUGACGAAUCGAGCAGCGAUCUUAUACGAGAUAUCAGUCGGUACUGCCAGAACUCGUCGUUCGAUUUUUUCGAGGUCUGCAAGACGUCGAGGACCACGUCGUCGUCGUCGUCGUCGAACGUCGCGGAAAAUAACGUGGAUGCGGAGUCGGACAUCACGGCCUGUUGGGACGGAUGCAAUCAAGUACCCAAGGAGACUUCGUGGAUCGUAAACGAAGCGUACGCUAGGAGUGGACACGACAAGUUCGCCAAUGUGGUCCAAUCCAAACUGACACCUAAAUCCUCUGGAUCUCUCUGCGAGGAUACCAUUUUGGAAUCCGAAUUCGAUCGUAAAUUUCCAUACGAUUCCAAGUACGAGGUCAAGUACGAAGCCGAGCCCAAAACUACUUUCAUAUCCAAAUACGAUGAAAUGUUUAGAGUCAAUCGCGAAUCCGAAGAGAAAUUAAAAGCUGAAGUCGAUCUCGUAUCUAGAUUCAAUCCCGAAUCCAAUAGUAAUUUCGUAAGUGAUACCAAAAAAUCGUUUAUCAAUGCUGAAAGCACGCUCAAUCUCCAAUCGAAAGCAGGACGUAAAUCUAACAUUAAUCAAGAGCACUGUCGCUCCGCCAACCCUUCGUCGUUGUUGCGCAGCAACUCGGACGACACGUUGGACUUCGUGAUGGUAUCGAAGACGGGCGAGUUCGAAUGCGAGGAGGCAGCGGAGAGCUCGAAGGCGGCCGGAAAGUGGCGUGCCUCUCAGAGCGGAUUGUCGAUGGACUCGAGCGACGUAGGCGACUCUCUGAUAGAGAACGCGACGACGAGCCUGAGUGACGGCAGCCAGACGGCGUCGACUGCGAGACUGUUCACCGGCAGCACGGCGUCAUUGGUAUCGAAUCCGAAUGCAGGGAACACCCGUCGGUGCUCGAUGGAGCGACGAAGACUGCAGGAACGUGGCCGUUCGUUAGACGAGAUGUCGAGCGAGACGAAGAGGCGAGAGGGCUGUCCAGUCACCGCGAGCACCGACACCCUAAGCAAUGCCUCGUCCCAGGAAUCGUUGCCCUCCGAUCGCGGUGGCGGUUCCAUUACCUAUCACCAAUAUUAUCACGUCUUUCGGGAAGGCGAGCUGGAUCAGCUGAUCAACAAGUAUGUUGAGAACCUGCAUAUCAUCUCAUCGUAUUAUGACCACGCUAGCUGGUGUGUCGUCGCGGAAAAAGUGCAGGUCUGGACUAUAUGACUUCGGAUACGGAUCAUCCUAUGAAGGACCAGCGGCUGUCACGAUUCGUUCUCGGCCGUCUUCGCCAAGUUGUACCGGGUGUCUCGAUAGGAGAUGUCAGCAAGAAGGGAUCAACUAGGUUCAACUUAAUAAAAAUUCGCAUCUGCUUAGUUUCACUUUUCAGUCGAAAAUAGUUCUCGGUCUACUAAUUCAAGAAAAAACGAAUCGCAAAACUAAGAAACUAUACGAAUAUACAAUUCCUAAAUCCUUUGAUUUUUAAUGUUUAACACGGUUCGCACCCAUUUAGGAUUUGGAUUACGAAACGGCGUGUUGGAAAGAAUUCUUACUUUCGAGAUAAUAGUACUGAUCCCUCUUUUUUUGGGGCACACAGUACACUCCGGUGGACGAAUUAAAUGAGGUUAAGCACGAGAAAUCUCGGUUCGAGUGCGAGGUUUACGACUCUAAAUCCGUACACCUAAGAGUCCAAGGAUCUCAAAAUUUAGGGGUCCAAGAAUCCAAGGAUUUAAAGGCUCAAGGAUUUCAUAAUAAUCCAAGUUAAUGAGUUAAAUCACGAGUUGACUUUCUAACGGUCCGUUCUCAAAAACUCUACGACCUAUAUCGCUAUUGAAAUAUCGCUUUACGCUCGUUGAACAUUCCUUUCACGUUUAUCUCAUCGAGAUAUAUCUGUCCGUGAUGUCACUGAAGUGAUGUGACGCUGAAAUAUAACUUUAAAGUUAAUAAGAAAGAUUAAUAUGGUAUAAACGAAUCAACACAAUAGAAUUGAUACGUCAUGAGAUAUAUCCAAUAAUAAAAUAGGAAGCAUUAAAAAAAUGUUUAUCCAUUUUCUUUUGGUUUUAUUAAUUGGCUUCUAUUAAUAAUUGCAAUAACUUUUCAUGUUCCACGGCUCGUUUGGCUUUAGCUUCACUUCAGGGACGUUUAGGACUGUUCAUUUCAUUUAUCGGAGUCGCACAUCUCGGAACAACGAUUGCAGAAAGCACGAUUCUUCGAGGACACAUAAGAGUAAAAGAGAGAGAGAAAAGUAUUAUUUGCUCGAAGGGUGUUCUCGUUUUCUCAAAGAAUGGUGCGAUCUGAUUGUACAUGCGUUAAGCGUAAAAGUUCAGUAAAAAUUCAAGAACGGCAAUUGACUCCCGACUAUGGAGCGCGUAUUUUCUAGCUUCUCGAGGAACCGACAAUAUCCGAACGCUUGAACGUAGAUAUACCUCAAUAAUGCGAACGUUCCACUUCCAGAAAUGUAUACAUGCAUACUUUUACACACGUGUUUGCGUACAUACACAUGUACUAGGGUAUCUCUUAUUUGUAUAAAAAAUUCUUGCACGGUGAUGGGAGCAUCGGCAAAUUAAAUUGUCGGUAUCGAAAUUGGCAACAAAAUUAGAAAGAAUGAUAACAUUUCGAACUUGGAUGAUUUAUAGAAGGAAAGAAAACGCGUGGAAUGUGUGUGCGAGAUAUUUGCAAUAAUCGGACGUGAGCAAGUAAGGGACAUCCUAAUACACAUACCCAUUCACAUACAAACACGUACAUAUACACACAUACAAACACAUACGGCAUACGUACGUACAUACGUGAUAUAUAUAUUAGGAUAUAAGGAUUCAAGGAUCCCCCAAUGAUCUAAAGAUUGAAUGCUUAUAUCCUUGGAUUCUUCGCCCUAAGUUCUUCGAUUCCUCAGACCGUUCAACUUUUUUCGUUAGACCACUUUCGUUAGAACACACUUUUAUUACCGACCUCCUUCGUUCCGUGAGUGCUCACCUCUUUGGAAAGCCUCAGUUUUCCCACAAUCGUAUUCCAAAAUCUUCGAACAUUUUAGUCCGCGCAAUCUUUAGAUCCGUAAUCUUGAAAUACACGAAAGGUCUCUUAGCGUGUUGUUAUAUUUGACAAUUUUUAAAUUCGUAUACAGUAAGACAUUCGGCGACUGAAGAUCCAAGGAUCCAAGCAUCCGUUUUACGGUACCGUAUACUCACACGUCGCAUAGAGCAGGGCAUAAAUGUAAUCUAAGCUUCGUUAUUUUUAUGAUCUCAAUUAGUUAUAUCGUAGUCGAGAACCAAGUUUUUAUCGCGACCCUUUAACCGGUGAAUCGGACGCAAUCCCUUUGCGCCAGAAACAGACCUCCUGCAAUGAAAUUGCCGAUGAAAUUCCACGAUAUCGUAGGAUAAAUUCUCAUAAGAUAUUGUAUAUCGAGAGUGAUAUAAUAGAUACUCGCAUCGGAUCGCUAAAGUUAACGCAAUAUUACAUUAAGGACUUUUUAAGGACAGGACGGGAAACCUGUCUCUCGUAGUUUUCGGCGCACAAUAUGCGGCAGAACGCACUAAAAAAAAAAAGAAAGAAAACGAAAAAAAAAAACGAAAAAGAAAAUACAAUGGACAAGGGCGAGCUUGGAAUUACUGGUUAAAGGGUGAUUCGAUCGAGAUGAGGCACAAGCUGCCGUUUCCGUUUCCGGAGAACCGUUCGGUUAGCCAGACGCAUUUAACAGAGGUAGUCGACGAUGUGUUUUCUUUUUCUAAUUUAUGGAAUGAUUUACACUCGUACCCGUUUCGAAGGAGGAAACGCGUAUCAGAAGCGUGCGUGCGUGCGUGUAUGUAUGCGUGAGAAAGAGAGAAAGAUAGAGAGAGGGUAGACCAAAGACGCAAUCUCGAGAAAGAGAGAGAAACCGGUGUAAAUAUGUAAAAUAAAGUGUUCCUGACGUAAACGCACAGACGAUCGUCAGAAGGCAUAGCUCCAACAA